CUGGGCUGGCCGGGGCGUCCUUGCGUGCGGUACGGGAGCCGGCGGCGAGCAGGCCUCCCCGCCCGAGCUCGUCCCCCUGUCCGCCGACUCCCGCUGCACUUGGUUCCGCCGAGGCGCACGACGGUUCCGCCCCCUUCCUCCUUGUCAUUGAUGUUGUUGUUCUUGUCAGUGCCGCAGCCGCGACCGCCGGGAGCGCGAACCCGAGCCGGGGCCGCCCGGGGGGUGCGGUGGCGGCGGCAGCGGCUGCGGCAGCUACGCCGGCUGCGGGGGCUGCUGCGAGGACUGCGGCGGCGGCGGGCGGCCGGGCGGCCGGGCCGGAUGGCUCUGUGCGGGCAGGCGGCCGGCGCCGCGUCGCUGCCCAGCGAGCUCAUCGUGCACAUCUUCUCCUUCCUGCCGCCGCCCGACCGCCUGCGGGCCUCAGCCUCCUGCUCGCACUGGCGCGAGUGCCUCUUCUACCCGGCGCUGUGGCCCCAGCUCCGCGUCUGCCUCCGCGUCUCGCCGGCGGAGCAGCCGCGGCUGGAGUUCCUCAUGCGCAAGUGCGGCUGGUUCGUGCGGGAGCUGCGGGUGGAGUUCGCCGCCGAGAAUUACCUGAGCGGAGGCGGCGGCCCGGGCGACGGCGGCGGUGGCGGCGGUGGCGGCGCCCACACGGGCACGGGAGGCGAGGAAGGCGAGGCCAUGCAGCUGUCCUCUCGCUGGCUGGAAGUGCUGCGCAUCUACUUGGAGCUGGUGUCCUGCGUGCUGCUCAGCAUCCGGAACAACAGAUUCAAAGCCGAUUUUAUAUUGUAAGAGAGAAAAGACUGACUGUUGACCUUUCUGAUGAAAGAGAAAUGUAAACUACUUGAACAAUUGAGCCUUGCUCAGAAGGAGGCAACCUAUAAAAAUCUAGACAGAGAUAAAUCUCAACUUGAAGAUGAACUACUACUUUUAGAGAAAAAACUAGAAGAAGGGAGAGCUAAGCAUUAUGAACAAGAUCAAUUGGCUAAAACUACCCUUAGAAUAUUUGAAAUAAAUGAAGAACGACUUAAGGGAGAAAUAAAAGAUACCUGGAAUGAAAAUUCUCAACUUCAGGAAAGCCAGAAGCAGCUCUUACAGGAAGCUGAAGUAAUGAAAGAAGAAGCUGAUGAACUCAAUAAACAGAAAGUAACACUUGAAGAAUCCAAAGUACAGGCAGAGCAAGUCCUAAAUGAUAAAGAAAAUCAGAUCAUGGGAGAAAUGUGGACCAAACGAGGGGCUUUCCACCUUACCUUCCCCCAAGAGCUGGGUUCUUCCUCCCACCCCACAUCCAGAAAGAAGAAAUGAGCUGCCCUAGACUUGAUUCAGCCUUCCUAACAACCUCCAUCUGAACCUCCAGACUGCACCUGGACCUCAGGAAAGAAAGGAGACCUGGUAGAUUCUUCAGCAUUCAUUUUCUUUUUAGAUGUUGUUCUUAUGUGAGUAUAUUGUUGCUCAAAUAUUGUUGUGUAAUGGAAUAGCAUUUUGUAAAUAAAGAGAAUUUAACUAUGAAUCUUAUGAGUAAAUUAUUUCUAUUUUAUUUUAUUCUGGAUAGUAUAUUUUACUUUGAUUUCCUCAUCCAUAAUUAUGGUAGUUUCAUACAUGUAAUCUUAUAGUUAGGUAUAUCUUAAACCCCAAAUGCUGUGUCUUUAUACCAGGAAUGAGUUCACCAUGGUUGUAGACAAAUGUAAAAGUAACUGUAUGUUUAAUCAAAUAAAUGUUAAUUGAUUUAAA